AUGACGGGCCUCAAGGUGACUCGAAAGGUCUACUCGGCAGAAGAAUUACAUCGCCUUCGAGGGUCUCAGUCUCAGCCAAAACUCCACGAGGCCAUCGAGGAGCAUGAGGGGGAAGACGCUGAGAUUGUCAAAGGUAAGCUAAUGUCUCAUCCCCUACGCCUUGCUGCGCUUUCCCCCAACAAUGCCAUUGUCACGACAACAAGGUUCCUUGGCGUGGGUCUCUGGUGUUUCAAAAUUUCACUUGUGCCUAAGGGCUUCCUUUGCCUUCCACACUCCCUCCACUUCCACCAUCGCUUUUCCUUCUUGCACACUACACCCGCACACCAGCAAGCAUGGCUUCUCCCACUCCGGCAGAAGUCAACCACCGGUUUCUUGAGAGUCUCAUCGCUGACUCGUCUGAUGAUGCGUCCGACAAUGAGUCCACUGAUGAUACGCAAUUUUGGCUGACCGAGCGUCGACAUGCAGAGCACGUCCUUCGCGGUUCGAAGUCCUUCACUGCGCGCUCGACCCGCUCUCGCACGACGAACAACAGCCUACGUGUGCCAUCAAACCACUCACACAACGAGAAUGUUGCGGCGGUUCCUCACGACAUCUCCCGGCAGUCUACCAGCCUCAACCCGAUUGCUGCUGGUCACGUCCUUGGCGAGAUUCAGCCAAACAACCAAUUCCCGCGGCAAGGCCCAUUCAAGAUCGGCCGCUCACCAACGCCUUCCAUCAAGAAGAAAAAGGCGGAAGCUAUUGUCAAGGCGCACGGAUCACCCACUCACGUGCGCGUCACAGCCGGUGGCCGCAUCGUCCCGUCCGAGCAGUCUCCGCUUUGUCACCCACGCUAUGGCUACAGCGCCAUCAAGGCCAAUGGCGGCCUUGUCAAGUUCGCCCCCAACCACCAUCCGGGACAGCCCAACCAGUGGAUAGAAUCCACCGAGGCAACGAAGAAUGGAUCAAUCGUGCAGGACAUUCACGGGAACUUUUGUCAGAUUGUCGACGGUAUUGUGCAUCCACUCGACGAGGUUGAUGGCGCUUUCCGCUUGCACAUGGAGGCACCCAACGUCACCCUGCCACGCUCUUCUCUUGGUUCGGCCAACUCAUCUUUCAGAAACGCUGCGUCGCAACCACAGCCGCCCGCUCGCCCCAAUGGCAUUGCACCAGAAGAGCCUCCAGUGGAGGUGCAGAUCGCCGCACUGGAGCAAGAGUACACCAAGCUUGACAAUGAGCUGAAAGAAGUCAACAAGACGGACGCCGCGCACGGCAAGAACAUGUCAAGUUCCGCCAGGCAGUCCCUCUACGACAAGCGCCGGCAGCUGACUGUCCAAACUGGCAAGCUUCACAAGACCAUCAAAGAGCUGAAGAAUCGUCCACCUCCGAACGCUCCGACUUCACCACGCGCCAUGGCCAAGCGAAAUUCCAUUUCGCCGCGCACCCGUUUACCACCUUUCUUGCAACAGCGUCAAGCACCAGGUUUGAUGCAAAUUCCUCCAGGCUCGGGUCCAGCCCCACCUGCAUACGGUCAAUUCUACGGUGGCGGUCCAUCGAUUGGCGGUCAAUAUGGCGUGCAGCCCGAGGCAUCCCCAGAGGAAGUCUACGGUGCCCAGCCAUGGCCCAUGCCGCCGCAGAACAUGUUCGUGCCACCGCCGCCCUUCGAUGGCUCCAUGCUGCCUCCAAUGUCUGCCUACCAGCAUCCGACCGUGAACAGCCUUGUCGUCGCACUGCCCACCGUCGAAGGCAACAUUGCGCAGAACGAUGGCUCAGACGAGCAGCAGGGCGACUCACCGAAUCGGUCACGUGCAUUGUCCAUUCGUGCUCCCGACAGUAAGCCAGCGCCGAACUUGAAGUCGAACCUGAACCCGAUGAGUCCAGCAUACAAACCAGCUUCAGCUGUGUCCAGGCCGGCUCUAGGCGACAACACCACGAGCAAGCAGAUCAGGGACAGAGUACCUACGCCACUGUCUCCCCUUCAUCAGCUGCAACCGCCAUCCCAGAGCCACAAGACUUCGAAUGCUACCGACGACACGAUUAGUCCUACCAAGAGAGCUGCGCACUUGCAGAGCUCCAGCAUCUCUAGCUUUGAUACUGCCGACUUUUUUCCUCGUAACACCCGCGAGUACUCAACUCGGCAAUACGUAUAUCAGGGCCGUACAGAUCAGUCCGAAGACAAGGAGAACGCCAACCCGGAGUCGUCAACUGCCGAGCGCGAUGUUUCUCCCACGACUCCAGGUCAGAACAACCAGUCUUCGAUGCAAGCGACCAAGGACUACACUCCCCAGACCUGCGGCUUCAAGGCUCCUGCAGCACCACCUGGAACCCCGGUACAUGCUGAGGGGGCUGGUGUCAGCCGGGCAUCUGUUGUCGCGCCUCCCAGCCGGAUUGAUGUUCCCAACCGCGAGGCCGAUAACAUCAGUCCAAAGAGCAAGCGCGAAUGGUACUUUGUUCAAGAGCAUCCCGAGCAAGUGAUGAAGCAGUCUUUUACAUCGCCAGAGAAGAUCCGGGUCCUCCAGGACGAGCUCGAGGUCACCAACGAGCCUGAAGACACCAUUGACUUCACUCAGAAGCCACGCGACUGGAUUCAGGGCUAUCAAGCUGGUUUGCAGCGCAAAGCCGUUUCAGCCGCGCACUCUGCCUCCUUCAUGGACGGAUACUGUGCAGGCAUGCUGAAGUCCGAAGAGGCCAACAAUUCCUCCACCAAGACAGCUCAAGCUACAGGCAGCCCAUACAAGUCGGUCUCACGUCGUCCGAGUCCAGCAAUUCCGUCACACUCCUCCGGCCGCACGCAGCUGGCUGAAAAUGCUUCCAGUGGCCCUCGUCCACCGUUCGAGAAAUCUACCAACAGCAUGGAUUGUCUGAAGCAGGCUGUGUUUGCGCCGCAGAAUAAGAACGCGGUUCUGACACCCGCGCCCGACGGUCCACACGUUUCCGAGGCUCCUUUGAACUUGGGUGCCUGGCAGAAGAGUCAGCAGGGUCCUACGCACCUGGGCCCGACCACUACGACUCGUAUUGCCAGCUACCAUUUGCCCCUUCGCACGAGCUCGAACGCCGACCAACAGCGCGUCAUGUCCGAUGGCCACGUCGACAACAAGCAGCAAAGCACCACCUCGUACCUCCACUUGACGGGGCAGCCUGCGUCGCCCUCCCUCAGCACCAUGAGUAUCGCAUCCAGCAGCAUUCCGUCCAACAGCGCCCCAAAUACCGACAAGCGUAUCACUAGUAUCACCAGCCUGGACGCCACGAUGUAUCGCCAGUGGCCAGGCAGUCGUAUCAUGACCCCAACUGAGUGGAAGACGGAGAGCUCGGUUGCGCACGCCGCUGGCCUCGCGACUGGCUACUUCGCCAACGCACAGUUCGAUGGUACGCACGAGAUCGCCCCCACUCCACGCUUACCUGGCCAGAUGACUGAUCCACUCUCCUCUGUAGGCGCCAACCCGCCGCAGCGUACCACUACCGUCGCCUCCAAUGCCGACAACCCUCAGCUUUCCAGCCGCUUCAGAGAAGGCUCGCUGGAUAGGAUGAGCGACCCUCCAACUUCGCCACCGCCUCCAAUGUCGCCGAAUUUGUCUCCUGCCAAAAGCCCGCGUCGCCAGAACAGCGCACGUAAGGCUGGUACUCCGGGCAAGACUCAGUCGCCUACCAAAGCCAAAAUCGAGCACAUUGCUGGCAAAGUCGGCAUCAAGGUCUCUGGUAGCCCUGGCAAAGCCAACGAGGGCGCGACUGGUGCUCCAAAUUUCGACUCAAGCAGCCCACCGGACAAGCGUCGCUGGCGUGAUAUCUGGCGCAAGGGCGGACACAACGGCAGCGAGUAA